GUGCAGUCUUCUCUAGACCUAUGCAGCUACACCCUGGCUUUGCUGAUGAUCAGGGGUUCGUGGAGGUGGGGCUGCUUCUCUCAGCCUGUGUGUCUACAGUGGGACAUCCACAAUUGUGGAGGCACAAGGAGUGUGUUUGUCUGUUUCUGCUAGUGGAUGACGGCUGCUUGAGGAAACCAAGGGCCUCCAAUGGUGGCCUAUGGAUGCUCGGGGCUUACCUGGCUGUGUCCCUGCUCCUGCUGCAUACCUUCAGGAAGGAAACUUUUGGUGGCAGCACCCUAUGGGUGAAGGCGGAUCUGCUGGUUCUCUCUGCCCAUGCUGGCUGCCUGCAGGAUAUGGCCUUUGGCGGCUGCACAGAGCAGGCAGAGGUGGAUCUGUCUGUCUCCCUGGACCUGCACUGGGCACAUGGAAGAAGGGGCCUUCUGGUGGCAGUGCUCGGCAGGCAGAUGCAAAUCUCCUGUUUUCUUGUCUGUGCUGGGCACAGAGGAGGAAAGACCUUCAAGUGGGGGUGCCCGACAGGCAGAGUGGAAUUUUAAAUUUGUCCAGGAGCUGUACAUAGAAAAAUGUAAUGAAAAUGGCUUUCUGCUUUCAAGAAAUACUUUUUCACAAAUAACCAAGUCUCAAACAAAAUCAUAGCAGUCGAGUUUCCUGCCAGUCACAAGCUGCAUGUUGCCAGCAUAUGUCAAAAUAAUGUAAAUAUCUAGACUCUUUCUAUAUGCAAACAUUUUAUAGUCUAUAAAUUGUCCUGCCCACUUUGCUGGGUGGAAAUCUCGGGACCUGCCUAAUUUAUUGUUUCUUUGUGAAAAUAUGCUCUAAGUUUAAAUUUUCUAAAUUUAUAUUUUAAUAGGAUAUUAGAGGACAACCUGUCUUUCCCACUAUUCCACAUAUAAGUACUUUCUUCCACUUUAUGCACAGAGGUCACAGAUGAUUUUCUUGACACUUUGAUAUGGAACUAAAUUUUUCUACUUAAAAAUAUCCUGAUGGUUAGAAUACUCUUUUUGUUCCCCUAUUUGGUCUUAGUUGUAUGUCACAAUGAAGCCAAGCACAAAGAAAAAAGGGAAAAGAAAGGACCAGGGAAAAAUCCAGUAGCAAACACAAUCAGGGAGUCUGGGAUGGAACGGGAGGAAAGUUACUUCCUUAUCAGCAUGGAGGGCUUUACUUCUGCAUACACAACCCUCCCUCCAGUCUGCCGGGCCUUCAGCAGUGAGGUGGCCCCAAACAGCAACUGCUUGCAAGGCUGUGUUGCAGAACCUUGCUUCCUGGCAUUCCCUGCACUUUUGUUCCUCUGUGCAGCUCUUAAAAUGGUUCAAAAGUGAAAACAUAAAGGGCUUUCCUGUCAUGUAUAAGCAGCUAUGUAUACAUGUAUGUGUGCACAUGUGUGGGAUGCAGUGGAGAAAGACUUUGUCCAGAGAUUUCUGUUAUCACUGAGAUUGCUGAGGGAGGCUGAGCUACACAGGAGCUUGUGUUUGUUGUUAUGCUGGGAACACAGCAAUGCUUUCUUGAUGAGAACUCAAAAUGCAACUCAAGGUUCAUCUGGAAUUGCUCUGUCAGCCAUUUGGUACUGAAAGGAAAGGGCAUUUGUCUGGGUCUUGUGAUCUGCAUGCUUCCUCCUGGGAUUGGCUGGUGUUGAAUGUGAGCACAGAGCAGACAAACACUCAGAAAAACAAGACUAUUCAGUUAAGUGGGCAGAUUGGGCUGCUGGCUGAGUAAACAUGUAGGCUGGGCUCUUGCUGUUGUCCUGCUAUACCCUGUCUGCCUAGUGGCAGCGGGCCCCCAGAAGAGACUUCAGCGUCCCUCAGAGUGCUAUAACUAUGAUCAGAAUAUGGGUUCUUGGUGUUGAGGGGUAUUGGUGCUGUGAAUAGUUCAGGAUGUUACCUCUGUAAGCUUCUAGACUGGCUAAAGUGUGCGGCUCCCAGAGGUGUUCCUGAUGCCUCUAGUGAAGCCUGCAUCUCUUGGGGAAAUCACUCCAGAUGCUGCAAGCUAGAGCAGACUGUUUUCGCACCGCACUCCACCCUUCUCAGACCUCAGUUUGGGAGCUGAUGUAUGGCAAGGGGAGUUGGGCAAGGCUGGAUUAAACAUUAAUGUAGCUGUAACCAUCACCCAUGGGAGAAAGCUUGAGACAGAGCUUCGCGGUUUUCCCAGGCUGAGGAGUGGUGACUAGCAGUCAUGGCUCAGUUUGGCCAGAUUCUGGCUGAAAUAGUUAACUUUGUUUGCUUCCAGGUACGAUUAUUGAUCCUGGUGAGUGUCCCCAGCUUUCUAUCUCCCUUCUUUAUGUUUGGCCAGGUUUUUAUGGUUCUGGAUGAGCCCCACCACUGUUCGGUGGCCUGGGUACAGAACCACACUUUGAACCUGAUUGCUGCUGAGCAGCUGAAUCUGAGUGUCCCUCUGGAUGCAGAGGGCCAGCCUGAGUCCUGCCUCAUGUUCCGGCCAUCCCCUGACAAUGCCAGCCUGGAGGACAUCCUCAGCCACCACUUCAAUGAGACACAGCCUUGUGAGACUGGCUAGAACUACCCUGAGCACAGAGCCCGCUCCCUACUGAAUGAGUUCAACCUGGUUUGUGAUCGGGAACCCCUGACGGAGACCUCACAGUCAGUGUUCAUGGCAGGACUCCUUGCAGGGGCCCUCAUCUUCGGGCCACUCAGUGACCGGAUUGGCCGUAGAAUGUGUAUCCUGCUUCAGCUGCCCCUGGUUGGCAUUGUGGGCCUGGCCACAGCCUUUGUGCCCAGCUUUGAGGUCUACAUGGUGCUGCGCUUUGCUGUGGCCUCUGCCAGUGCUGGGUGGAUGUUAAGCACCAUUGCUCUGAUUUCAGAGUGGGUUGGGCCCUCAUGGAGGACUCGUACCAUCGCAAUGAUGCAGGCCAUUUCUGGCCUUGGACAGAUGGCUCUAGCUGGACUUGCCUAUGGUAUCCGAAACUGGAGAUACUUGCAAAUUGCUAUCUCUGCUCCCACCUUCCUGCUCUUCUUCUACUUCUGGAUUCUUCCAGAAUCUGCACGGUGGCUCCUCAUCAACGGGAAGAUAGAGAAGGCCAAACAACUGGUCCAGAAGGCAGCCUUGCUCAACAGGCGGGAGCUCUCUGCAAAGCUCUUGAACCAGCUGGCUCCAGAGGAGACAGGCCCCUCAGGGAAUGUCUUAGAUCUUUUUAAACAUCCCUAUCUCCGGAAGGUGACUCUGAUUCUCAUCUUUGUCUGGUUUGUGGACAACCUGGUGUACUAUGGCCUUAGCUUCCAAGUGGGGGAAUUCGGCCUGGACAUCUACCUGACACAGCUGAUAUUUGGAGCAGUUGAAGUGCCUGCCUGCCUUUUCAGCAUCUUCAUGAUGGAGAGGUUGGGCCGCAAGUGGAGCCAGUCUGGGACUCUGAUUGUGGGUGGUGUCAUGUGCAUUGCCACCGCCUUCAUCCCUUCAGAUUUGCCUGUGGUGGUCACCGUGCUUGCCGUGGUGGGAAAGAUUGCCACAGCUGCCAGCUUUACCAUCUCCUACGUGUACACUGCUGAGCUCUUCCCCACUGUCAUCCGGCAAACAGGCAUGGGGCUGGUGAGCAUCUUCUCAAGGAUCGGGGGCAUCCUCACACCACUUGUCCUCCUGCUGGGUGACUACUACGUGGCCCUCCCCAUGCUUAUCUUUGGCAUCAUCCCCAUCGUGGCAGGGAUGCUCUGUGUCCUGAUGCCAGAGACAUGUGGCCAGAGUCUGAAGGACAGCAUCUGGGACCUGGAUCAGCAGCCUCAUCCAGGGUCCUUGGAUACAGAGACACCAGAAAAAGAAAUGGAGCCCACAGGAAAAUCUAGCCCAAGGGUGGCUACCAUAAGUACCUCAUACUUCUGACUGGUCACUAAGAGCCAGGCCUUCACUAGCAGGGAACUCUUCCCUCUUUGUCUGCAUGUGACCAAAUAUCCUGGAGGAUGCAACAAUAGCACUGUCAGGAUUGAUGCAGGCAGUUCCCCAUGACCUGACCACACCACUGCAAGCCCAAUCCAGAGGUGUCUGAGACAGAUUCUUUCUCCCUUGCCCCUUCACCUGUCUUGUCCCUACACCCUCACCCAGUUGCAGGGGUGCACAACCUAUAUUAUUGUAUUGCAUGUGUUUUUGGUGGAGUAUUUCUCUGAUCAUUUUAGGGAGCAUGGUUUCCUCUGAAUCUGGAAUAAUUCUGCACUGGAGAGAUUGAAGUUCAAAGCAGAUUACAAGAUGUAGUCUUUCCAAAUUGUGGGAGCAAGCAGAGAACUCAAAGUUUGGAUUUGUGGAUUGUCCCCUAGGCAGUGAAGAAGGAGCUGUACAAGGGGAGAAAGUUGCUUCCUUCGAGAGACUGGGCCAUCCCUCCUCCCUAGGGUGUAGGCCAGGAUAAUGUUUCAUCCUGCUUAGAGAACACUGUCUAGUCAACCUCAUAGCUCUGAUCCCGCCUUCUUUUUGAUGAUCCCUUCCUCUCGGCCCCAUGCAUACUUUAUGCUCAUGUUGAGUGUCAUUCAGGGAGAGGAAAAAGGAGAAAAAAGGGAUUGCUUCUGUUCUUCCAAGCAACUAUGUAUUGAUGAAUUCAGAAACUUAGAUGAUAUGGAAAAACUGCUUGAAAGACAAAAUAUAAAAUCUUACUCAAGAAUAAAUAUAUAUCCAAAAUAGUUCUAUAGUUAGUAAAUAAUUUGAAUUUGUUUUAAAAAUUCUUCCCACAAAUAAAAUUCUAAGCCCAGAUUACUUCACUGAUAAGUUCUUUUUUUGUUUUAUUAAAUUUUAUUUUGAAAAUAGAAAAAAUGCAACAGCACAAGAGAGAACAAAGCCAGUCAAGACUGUUGUACUGUAAGAAAAAUAGCUUCCUUAUGUGUUUUCGUUCUCCCUCUGGGUGACCUAAUUGAUAUGUUAAUCAAUGCUCUUCUCUGUAAAGAAUUGUAAAACCUUACCUAAUUGAUAUGUUAACCAUUGUUGCCCUCUACAAAUAACAGAUGCGGUGCCAAGAUAACCUAACAGGAGUUGUUAAUUACUCCUAGGCUUCCCCAUUCUCUGCUGAGGAAAACAGGAUUUCUUCUUAUCUAAACUUGCUCGUAUGCAGGGAGACUUGCUUGUUAGCACAACCCUUACCUGACCUUGCUCUCCCCAAAGAAUGUAAUCUCGCCAUAUUUUCUGUUCUGUAAUGCGCUGCACUGCCUUCCCCCUUUCCCUACCCGGUGGUUGUCUGUCAUAAAAUGUGCUAAUUGCGCUGUUCUUAAGAAAUGCUUAACUUCAAAGAAAUUACAAAAAUGUUGUGGCUUAACCCUAAUGCACCAAAAGGGUUAAGUUCCAAAUCCUUGUAAAAGCUUAAGUUUCAGCUUCUUGUAACUUUCGACCCCUUCUCACAUGUUAGCGCCAGCAAGCUGUCCUUAGAUAAUUAACUUUCUACCUUCCUCUCUGAAUGUUAUUGCAGAUGUGCUAUUCCAAGAUAAUGUUUAUCUGCAGAAUGGAAGUAACUUAAAAGGCACCAAAGGCUCCCGAUGUUAUCAGAACUAAGUGGACAGCUUUACAGUUUCCAUACUUGAGUCAACAGCUUGAUGGCUCUGCGGGGUUCUUUGUUUUUCCUCCCAUCUCUCCUGCUUGUUAAAUCCCUUCUCCAGUCUCAGGAGUAUGCAGUCUCCAAAUUGGCUCCCAGAAACUCAUCACCAGGCCUGGCCUAAAUAAAGCCUUUGCUCCCCAAAUUUAA